UCUCACUAUGAACUGCCAUAAAGGUCACAAGUUUGUCCCUACAUGUCUUCGUUUUCCUAUGCAACCUUUAGUUUUGGAGUUACUUUAUUCUCAUUUUUUGAGUCCCUUUCUUUUACUUUGAUGCUAUAAAUUAUUAUUGGUUCGACUUAAUUUGAUUUACAUAUAUGUAAAUUGAUAAUUUAUAAAUUAUCAAUUCUUGAUAGUCUUGUGUGAUCCUUUCUAGAAGUAAACUGAUUCAUAUGUCUCCGAACGUAUAAAAGCAGGGUUCUUAACAAUCGACGAGUCUCACCCAUUUUCUAAUUAUUUUGAAAUUCACGUUAAGUCACUUAUCGCUAGUCAGUCAGGUGUUAAUACAACCAACUUAUUAUUACCAUAGUUGCUAUUUCCUUGCUCGGUAAAUACGGUUCAAAUGCUUGGUUUUCUAUUUGCAAUUUAGAUUGGUAGACAAGCAAGUUUUUUAAGGUACAACAUUGUUUUCAAUAUCUACCGAAACCUUCUCAGAUCAUACCUUAUUCUCCUCGUUCUUACUUUAAGUAUAAUAUAUAUAUAUAUAAUUGUUGAUCUGAAACUUUUCUUUACAGUGUUCACGUGAUAUCCCAAACUACUAGUGAAUCAUCAUGACAAUAGAAGAUCCAGACCUUGAGGCUGGGAAAAAUAUUGAUGUUGACGAACUACUAGCGUCAUUUGCAAUUGACUUACCUGAUGAACACACCGAUCCUGAGAAGUUACUACGCAAAGAGUUAUUAUCACUUAAGCAAAUGAGAAAAACCCUUACUGAUAUUGAUCAUGAAGUUAAGAAGUGUGAACGUAAAGAAGAGAAAUCGAAAGCUAUGAAACCAAGGGAAAAAGCUAAAGAGGAAGCGAUGAAGCUUCUUAAGUCAGGAGCAAUAUCAAUUGAGAACAAAAAUGAGCGUCACACAUUUAAACGUAAACCUAAGGAAAGUGAAGAAGAUGAGGUGCCAGGACCCAACAUGAACUUAAAGGUAAAACAGUCACUCUACCGCAAUUUUCUACCUGGUCCAAUACUUAACGCGUUGGGACCUGAGGAAAAAAAAGUAGACGUCUUAUCUAACCAUAAAGCGGCUACUUGUGAAGGUAACUGUACGGAUGCUUCUGAGACCUUACAAACUAAGAGGAAACAGCAGUUCAACCUCCUACUGGAUGACAAAAAUUUGGAUACGGACCAAAUAACGGAUGUUUCAGAUUCAUGCAGUGUCGAUCAGUUACAUUCUCCGAACCGACCAGCGCACUCUACCUUAUAUGUUGGAUAUCAUAAUAUCACUGAAUCUUUUAUUCAUGAUGUUUUCAAGCCUCAUGGUACCGUUGUAAGGAUUAGGAUUGGUAAUCCCUCCAAUUCCAGUUAGGUUUUUGGGGCGUGAAUUAUAUUUUCCUGUUAUAAUUUAUCUACGAAAAUUAACUCAUCGCCAUAUAUCUUUGUAAUCUUGGUUCGUUUGAUGUAGUCGUCUGGGAAACCAAAUAGAAAGAUAAUACAUCUACUUCAAAAGUAUAAACGAGCUUAUGGCCAGUUAUGUUUUAUUAUAUCAUUAAGCUGAUGACUUGAACUAACCGAAGUGGUCGAACUACCACAUUUGAAAGUGGGAUUAUGUCCUUUUUUGGUACUUCAGUCCAACUGCUUCAAGCUAAACCUCUUCAUCAUAGUAUGCUAGGGUAAGUAGUAGUUGGAAAAAAUCGAAUUUCAAGUAUGAUGACUCUGAUCAGUUAACUUUCAUCCCAUACAGACAGACAUCAAUACAGGGCUUGAGACAGGUAUGUUUUGUCCCAAGUUUCCAUACCGUAUUAGGAUGACGAUGUGAAGAUGAACCGCGACGCAGACUGACAUAAUAUUGCAUCAAUGAUAAAAAGGAAAACUGAGCUUUGGGGAUAUGAUUCAAAAUGGCAGCUCGACUGACGUGAAAGAUGAAUUUUACAGAAAG